AUGCCUGCCGCUCCGCGCCAUCCGCCCAGGGAAGCUUGGAGUGGAGGCUGGGCCUGGGCCCGGGUUCCGGGCCUGAGGAUCCACCAGCCUGAGAGAGCCCAGUAUCCGGGGUCCACGCUUGGCCGCGCCGGCCGCCUCGAUCUCCGCGCAGCCGCCGCCGCCAGCAGCGCCGGCCUCAACUUGAAGAGAAAGAAAAGUUUGUUCAGAGGCGGCGGGGGAGGGGCGGGAACGGAGCAAGGAGCUGGCCGGUCCCCUCCCCCUCGACUCGGCCCAGAGCCCGGGCCGCCCCUGCCCCCAGCCUCUCGCCAAGGACGAAACUCCGACAGCCCUCCAGGACCCGAACCUCCCAAGUUCCACAUUAUCUUGUCCCCCACCUCAAUUAGAUCCAGUUCCCCAGUACCCGCUACGGGACAACUUCCCGGGGAAGCCUCCCUGGACUCCCCGCGGCCACUUAAGAUGGCCAUCCGCCGCCACCGCGCACCCCGCGCCUUCCGCCCCGCCUGCGCCCCGCCCCCCGGAGCCGGGGUUGCCCUGCGCCCCGCCUCGUCUGCCCGCGUCCGGGUCUCCGCCGCACGCCCGCAGAGUGACCUCGGGCCAAUCUUGGCUCUUCGGUUCGCCUGA